AUGGGAAACCCGCAGUACAACCAGUUGAGCGGCUCCCCUUCAGCACAGACAUCGCCAGAGCACAGCCCAGACCUCGAGCAGAGCUCAGGCACCACUUUGAGCGACCACGAAGGCACAAAAGGAGGAAUUUCCAGCCCCAGACUUGUGCAGACCGAUUUUUCCAUCGAAGAAACAGACGAAAACACGAGACAGGGCAGAUUUGGUCACGGGAUGGGCCUAUCACGGCUGAUUUCUAGCAUGAAACGGUCAUCAGCUGGCCGAUUACACUUAAGAAGACCCCGGGGACCCGGCAGUAUCAAGCGGGCCACCAUUUUGGGUCUGCUGAUUACGGUAAUGCUCGUUGUUUUUAGAUAUUACCACACGACAACUGUGGCAAUGAACCAGUGGCAAUAUCACGAAACGCCGCGAAACGAUCUGGCCAAGAGUAUAAUCAACCUUCUGAGCUCGUCCGAGGACAAACUGUCGGAGUUACGGCUUGAUCAGACGAUUCUCCGACGUCCGGAAAGAAAGCGGAUGUCCAAAUGGCGACUAAAAUACACAAUGACGACUUUCGACCCGCGACUCCCAGUCGCGUUGUAUGUGGCGCAGGUGGCUGAUUAUUUGGAGUCACACGACGAAAAUUUUGACCCCAAACUGGAGCUUGAAUUUUGCUGGAAGGACUGGACCGAUUUCAACAAGCGGCUUUUGCCGAGCGACCGGUAUUUAUCCGCGCACCGCGGCCAGCCGAUAAGCGGCUGCGCGCAGUUUAUUGAGGAAACAGGAUUUUCCACGCGCCGCGCAUGCCGUGACCUCAGCGCAGACGAAGUCGCUGCACUCCCGGACCCAGCGUAUCCGCGCUUCAAGAUUACCGGCGUCUCCGACCCGCGCAUUGCGCGGGAUGCGCGCGUGCUCAUGGCCGGCACUUAUCUAUACCACGAGAUGCCUACUCCCGAGCGCAUCAUCUUCGUUGACGCCACCAGCGCAAGGGCGCUCGCCGUGCGCACCGUUGAAUCUAAGGGCCGCCAGCCGCUUCUCGACCAUCUGAUGGCGCAGUACCGCCAGGGGCAUGCGGAUACCAACGAGAUCUCGAUUGUGGACCAGAUGCACCGGCUCAACGGCGCCAUCGACAAGACGCGCAUGGUUGCGGACAGCGCCAAGUACGCUGACUUGGACGUGAUGCGCGUGGUUGCGGAGCGUGUGGACAAGCAACGCAGUGCCGUGCAGCUUGACAGCAGCGCAUUCGAGUGGCGCGAUGGCGAGGACAGCGUGAAGGAGGCUGCGCAGAGCGCCGUGGCGGAGAUCGAGCGCAAGUGCCAGGAUGCCGCGCAGGGUGCCCUCGAAUGUGACCCAAAGUACUCGACGCAGUUGCGCCUUAACAAGGAGGUGGUGCAGUUCGCAGAUGGGCACCCCAAAAACGACUUUCCCAAGUUCUUCCACGAGGCCGGAUACACGCCAAUUGGCGCAGACAACGGCGCGCACCUCGACUGGCGCUUUAUCAGCAGCCGCAAACUUCCUGAGUAUGAGUCGAAGUCCGGUCUUCACCGCCUGAUGCGCGCAUGGUUGCGCUUCACGCGCACCGCCGGCAUCGACACCUGGAUUGCGCACGGCUCGUUGCUAGGAUACUACUUCAACGGGCUCACUCUUGCCUGGGAUUUUGACCACGACGUGCAGGUGACGCAGGCAGCGCUCGUGGAGUUGGCGCGCAAGUAUGCGCACAGCGUGAUUGUGGACGUGAGCGGCAGCGCAAGCGCAAAUGCGGAUGUGGAUGCGCCAGUACCACAGGACGCACUGCUCGCAGACAUCGGUAUGGGCGCAUACUACUUGGACGUCGGCAACAGCUUCUUUUACCGCGCUAAGGGCAACGGGCGCAAUGCGAUCGAUGCGCGCUUCAUAGAUGUGCAUACGGGUCUUUUCAUUGAUAUAACUGCGCUCGCAUUCGCUAAGGAGCGCCCAAGCCGCCGCGCAAUGGGUAAAAACCUUGCGAAAGAACACAAGAAAUUCCUUUUGGAUAACGACGUCGCGGAAAAGGACUUCCGGCGCUUUCUCAUGGACAGAAACAAUCACUACUACUUGGAAUCAGAAAUUUCUCCGGUGAUCCCUGCGCUAUUUGAGGGGGAGCGCGCCUUUCUCCCGCAGGGGGUGUUGCGCAUCCUUGGGCGCGAGUACAUGCGCUACCGCAACAACUGGAGCUGGGAAGAACACACAUGGAGGUCGCGGUACCGCACCUGGGUUCCCGACAGCGUGUGCGCGCGCGCAGACCGCGAGGGCAACAGCUGCAGCAACAACCCGGAGGUGCGUCUAGAUGAACUUUUUCAGCGCGAAUACAUAGACAGGCACAUGGUGAUGAAAAAACAACUAGAGGAUUCUGGUGACACGAAAAUUGUCAAGGCCCCAAUUGAAGCACAGCCUUAUCCAAAGGUUCUCCGGCCGGAUGCCACAUUAAUGAAGAUUGCGUUGGAGCGGGAUGCUUAA